AUGGCGCUACCUGGUGUUGAGGGAUUCAAGAAUGUCUACGAGAUACUGGAAGCUGGUUCGGUUCGCGACGAGGACGCAAAGACCAAACUUCGUCGUGCUGCACGCAGGAUCCGUCUCGUCUUGAUGUGUGCUGACAGCGGAACUUUGAACGGAGAAGAUCGCGCUGCUCUGAUCGCUAUCCUCGGUCUUCUGGUUACAGAUUGGGACCAAGCUGAGGAUCUUCGCCUAGAGGCAGCUCAGGAGUACCUUCAUGUGCGCGCCAAGGCAGGCAUUUGUUGCGAUGUUGCCGUUGGCCGCGUCGAGAACAAGAUACGCCACUACUUGCUCGAUGAACUCACCGACAAGCAGAAGAGAUACAUGACUGCGGGCAGACCUUUGAAGAGCAUCCAAGUCCGCAACGAGCGCCAGGCAAAGGAAAACUUGCAGCAGCUUGGCUUGGGUUUCAGGUUUCCCUUGUUGAAGAUGUUCCCUGAUCGCGCCUUCACCCAUCCAGUCUCGAAGCAAGUGCUCGAAGACAGGGCUUCGGAAUUAAGAUACAAUGGCUUUGUUGAAUACGAAAACUCUCAUCUGCUGAACUUCCUCUUCGACGGCCAUGUUGAAGCCCUCACCAAGCACCACAAGAUGGAGACUUUCAACCACUUCGAUCUAGACCUCGAUGGCCAUCCCAAAACCUCCUUUCCCAAGCCAGACUCGCCGGUCAUCCCACCCGACUCGAAGCCUUUGUCGUCUGUAGAAGUUGAGAAAAAGAGGACCAAGAACAAGAAGCGCAACCAGCGUAAGAGGGCUGCAGAGAAGAUCAAGAAGAAGGAGGGGGAGGCUGCCGCUUCGAUACCUGAGGUUGAGUCCGAGGCCAGCACCGGAUCUCAGGUCGAGCUCGAGAGCAGAAUGGCUCUUGUCAAGAUCAGUCCCUCAUCUACUGCCCACUCAACCGAGAACUCUACACGUCCCAAGGUCAAGUUCGUUCCUAAGCCUGAGGACAUGAAGUGGGUCAAUCAUCCUUGCCUGAGCGGAGAAGGCUGUACCGAGUUCUUCACCCAGCUCCAUGAAGCGAUGCUUCGCGUACCUACAGCCAACCUGGAAAAGCGCAUCUUUGGUUCUCAGGUUUGA